UUAGGGAGGGAUUGUCAUCAAUCAAUGUGUGUUUGUUUUGGUUGUAAAAUUCCCAGUUUUACUUGAUUUUUCCCUACUUCCUGGCCGCGAAAUUGUGUGAAUCGGGUGAAAAUGGAUUACCCAAGACCAUGUGGAUGCAAAGGACGUCGAACUUGUUUACUAUGCGAAGAGGAAUACGGAAUAUUGAAGGAAGAUUUCAUGGAAAAGUAUCAGGACUUAGCGCAUUAUGUGUUUUGCUACAAGUGUGAAAAACUUGUUCCCGGAUGGGAUGUCGAUGAAGUAUUGCAGAAUCACGAGAACCACAGCGGCUGUUUGGAUUUUCCUGGCAUAUUUGUUCUUCCGGACUUCAUAUCCGAGACGGAGGAGACUGAGCUGAUGCGUGGCAUUGACGGAAUGACGUGGGAUGUGUCUCAGAGUGGCCGAAGGAAGCAAAACUUCGGACCGAAGACAAAUUUCAAGAAGAUGAAGCUUCAGGCAGGACGAUUCCGUGGCUUUCCGGCCUUCUCGCGCUUCAUCCAGGAGCGAUUCAACUCGGUGGCGUUGCUAAAGAACUACCAGACCAUCGAGCAGUGCUCGCUGGAGUACGAUCCCGCGAGGGGAGCUUCAAUUGAUCCGCAUAUCGACGAUUGCUGGAUCUGGGGAGAGCGAGUUGUGACGGUGAAUUGCCUCUCGGACUCCGUUCUCACCUUGGCACCGUAUCACGGGGACACCAAGAAGUACAACGUGGCCCUGGUGAACGACUACAGGCAGCACUUAAUCUCUCCGCUGGCGGAAGAUCAUUCAGGGGAUGUUCUUGUGCGAGUUCCCAUGCCCAGAAGAUCACUGAUCAUCAUGUUCGGGUCGCCGCGGUAUCAGUGGGAGCACAGCGUUCUCCGGGAGGACAUCAGGCAGCGACGAGUGUGCAUCGCUUAUCGGGAAUUCACGCCACCUUAUCUGGACGGUGACAAUGCAGUGGCGCAGGAAGUGCUCAGCAAAGCCAAGGAGUUCUUCAGGUGAGUACAAAUACACUUGAUUACGUG